AUGACAGUCACUUUGGUGGCUGAAGAAAGUCCGUUAGUUCUAGAGCGAGCAACGCUAGAAGAUAUUCCUGCCCUGACCACCCUAUGGUACGAGGCAUUCACAGAUCCCGCUGCGCGACACAUCUGGCCCGACACGCCAGGUGUACGCCAGUGGUGGGACGAUGCGAAUCGUGAGGAUAUGAGCGAGAGGCCAUUUCAGCAUUAUGUCACGGUGAUCGACCCUAAGUCGAAAGAUGCCAAUGGCCGACCGCGGAUAGUCGCGUAUGCCAAGUGGGAUCUGUCCAUGCCCGAAGAGCGAGGACGUCGGUUCCCGCCCUGGCAUGAAGAUAUGAACAAGCAAGACUGCGAUGACUUCGUCGCAAAGCUCGAAGGAAACCGACAGCGUUGUUUUGGUGAUACAAAAAAUUACUACCUGGAUAUGCUAGGAACACACCCCGAUUACAGGAAACGCGGGGCUGGAUCGAUGCUGGUCAAAUACGGCUGUGAUCUGGCCGAUGUACAUGGCGUAGGAGCUUAUGUCGAUGCUAGUAAGGCUGGGGCGCCGCUCUAUGCCAAGUUUGGAUUUGUUGACGAGUCGGGACCUGACAGUGGUGAUGUUGCUGCGAUGGCGAGACGAUAUGUUAAGGUCUAA